AUGAUAGGCACCGCCUCCAUGGUAGAAUGUCAGAUCGCGGUGAUCGGGCCGCAUCAAAAGCGCCGCUUGGAGUUGCGCGACGCCAAGCCGAGUCGAGCUGCGCGGCACGAUUGUAGUUUAUCCCCACUGUCGGCGAGCAUGACGAGCCGCGGCCACGCCACCGAUGGUAUGGCUCCACCCAGAUACCAGCGCUGGUCCUGGUCGAGAAGCCUCGUCAGGGGCAACGUUGCCCGGAGGCAAGGCAACUGCCUGGUCGACACUCGGCUUCACUGUGUUAGCGUGGCCGGAGGUGGCGGCGGUGGAGACGGCGGCGGCGGCGGCAGCGGCGGCGGAGGCGGCAGUGGAGGCGGUCGGCUGAGCCUGCACCUUCGUCCUUGCGGAGGUAGCGGUGGCGGCGGUAUCGCCGAAAGUGACAGCGCUUCGGAUUAUCCGCCGAGCGCUGCGGCAGCGCGGAGCAGGGAGGCUGCGGCGGCGGCGCUGCACGCGGCAAGAACCCUGUUGGGCGCGGGGGUGGCCAACCCUUGCUCGCCCACCCCCGAGCCGCCCUUCUGGAAGAUGCCGCAUAAAGAACUGCCGUGUAUUUUUGCGGAUGCUCCAAUUACCGCGGUUGCUUGCGAACUAUCCGACUAUCACUCGGCAAACCAGACGGUUAUAGAAAGAAGCAACUGUCGACACUGUCUACUCGCUGGUAAUUUCGGUGCGAUAAUCAAGGAAGACUUGAUGCACGGGGGUGGUGCGGGUAUUGGCGGGGGUUCUAUGGUCGGACAGAACUCAAUAUUUGGGUGCUCGGCUGCAGGACACAGCGGGGUUAACCAGCUCGGCGGCGUUUACGUCAAUGGCCGUCCGUUGCCGGACUCUACGAGGCAGAAAAUCGUCGAACUGGCCCAUAGCGGGGCCAGACCGUGCGAUAUAUCACGCAUACUGCAGGUUAGCAACGGAUGUGUCUCCAAGAUCCUUGGCAGGUAUUACGAGACUGGUUCGAUCAAGCCACGGGCGAUCGGUGGUAGUAAGCCACGGGUGGCAACAACACCUGUGGUCAACAAAAUCGCCGACUACAAACGAGAAUGUCCUUCGAUCUUCGCCUGGGAAAUUCGCGAUCGACUUUUGCAGGAGGGCGUUUGCAAUAACGACAAUAUACCCAGCGUGUCGUCCAUUAACAGGGUACUCAGGAACCUGGCCUCGCAGAAAGAGCAACAGGCGGCCGCGGUGCAAGCGCAUCAGGGCGCAGAGAGCGUCUACGAUAAGCUGAGAAUGUUCAACGGGCAGGCAGCAGGUUGGCCGCCAGCGUGGUAUUCGGCGACACCUUCCCAUCAUCCCUUGGCCACGGGAAUUCCAACGGCGGCAACUCCUGGAUCCGGCCAGACUCUCUUGCCCGGUAGUCAACUUCACGGGCGCGAUGAUUCUUUGCUGAAGCGGAGCGAUACCGGUUCUUUAUUGUCGCAUCAGCAGGAGACAACUUCGGACGGUAAUUCGGAACACAAUUCCUCCGGAGAUGAGGACUCGCAGGUGCGGCUGAGGCUGAAAAGGAAAUUGCAGCGCAACCGAACUUCCUUCUCUAACGAGCAGAUAGACAGCCUCGAGAAAGAAUUCGAGCGGACACAUUACCCGGACGUGUUUGCACGGGAGCGUCUCGCCGAGAAGAUCGGAUUACCUGAGGCACGUAUCCAGGUAUGGUUCAGUAAUCGCAGGGCAAAGUGGCGUCGAGAGGAGAAAUUGCGGAACCAGAGGAGAGCGGCCGUCGAUCAGGUGGUGGCUGGCGGUAGCGGCGGAGGUAGCAGCGGCGCCGCGCCUCCCGCGGCCACCCCCGCAACACCACGAUUGCCCUUAAACGCCGGAUUCAACGCCAUGUACUCGUCGAUACCGCAACCAAUCGCCACUAUGCCCGACACGUAUAGCUCCAUGUCAAGCAGCCUGGGCGGAUCAAUGGGUGGAAGCUGUCUUCAGCAACGCGCCGAAGGCUACCCGGCGUACGUAUUUCACGAGCCUCUUCACUCGCUUACGCAGUCCUAUUCUCACGCGCAUAGCGCGGCCGCGGCCGCGCACUCGCAACCCCAUCGUGGUAUCCCGACGUCUCACGGCGGCACCCCCGCGACGCCGGGGGGACAACCUACCGGACCAGGUGGAGCACCUUAUCAACCGACGACCUCGACCGCGACCGGAGUGAUAUCGGCGGGUGUCUCGGUGCCGGUGCAGAUACCUUCGCAGACUCCGGACCUGACGGGCAACUAUUGGCCAAGGCUCCAGUGAUCCCAGCUCUUCGGGUUCCCGCCCGCGAGUUUGCUCGUAGGCCAGGAGAGCCCGCCGCCGCCGCCGAGCGUCACCCCGGGCGCAGUGUCCCGACCGCUCCUCGCCUCCCUCGGGAUACCGACGCAGUCGACGCAGCAUCAGGCCCCUAGCACACCGGCGACCACUCCCGUGCACAAUUCCGACACCAGUGAGUGAAACGACUGAUUUCUCGUGACGUGCCCGGUCGCGCAGUGAUCCUUAACAAGGUGUCCUUCUUGCGCUUGGUUGCCGACGGCGAUGAUCGCCGUCGCGAUGCCACAAUUAGACUAGUGGAGAGAGAGAGACGCUACGAAGAGAAAGAAGGCUCGCUUGACAGUUCGCGCUUGACAGCGUGACACCGAUCGCAUCGAAGACGCGUAGUUAGUGUUGGUCGUGCGUGGAAUAAACUUAAUCUCGAAUGAUGAUACAACUGACAUUUCUCUCCGUUGUCUUGUAAGUUAAAAAUUUUUUUUGUUCAUUUCUCGCGGUAAUUUAUUUAUUAACAAAUACUUUCGAAUAAUCUGGCAAAAUAGUUUUAUCAGGAACAUUAUCAAAUGCAUGUUUAAUAAAUAAUGUGGCAACUACUUUAUAGCAUGUUCCGAUUGUGAUCGGACGAUAUUUAAUUGAUCGUAAAAAUGAUAUUAUUAAUCGCGUAAUUUCCUCGCAAACCAGAUUAAUAACUCGCGUCCUCGGAUGUUUACGACCGUCAAUUUUCUGAAAGGCAAUACCUAUCUAUGAAACUAUUCCAUUAGAUUAGAAGAUAGAGUAGAUUCCUUCCCUCUUGAAUAAUUUGUAAGUUUGCCAACGCCCGCAUUGACGAUCGUAAUGGAAUGUACCGUCGCGAGAUUUUUGCAUGAAAGAAGCAGCAGCUCAUUGCAAUUAACUUCUCUUUGAAAUCGAACGAAAAGAUUUUUUACUAACGAUUCGAUUACAGAGCGAAAUUUUAGGGAGCACAAUAAGUUUUAUAAUUCAAGCUGGAAUCAAUCGACUUUACCCAUCUUCCACUUCGUGUCUGAUCUAGAUUUCGUAGAUAUAUACGCAUGACCCGGGUCACGCAGGGUACUUACCUAUUCACGAUAGUAUGUGUAAUUUACGUUAUGUUACCAUCUUAAUUACGUCAAGGACUUUCUUGCGUGAAGAAUCAAUAACGGAAGAAUCUCUUUAACAAGUAUCUUAAUAAUGAGAAAAUCAUUUUUUUUUUUUUUUAUUUCAACGGGGGCAAAUUUUCUUUUUCGUUUCCGGAAGCUCGAUCGAUGUCAAGAGCGUUCAUUAAAUUUACAGCCGUUCUCGUUUUUCAGCAUCGGCGAACUUUAUUACCGGAUUUAUUGGAUACCACCGAGCGCAUAUUGUUUGCCGCAUGUUGUAUCGGUUUCCGGCAAAUAUUUUCCUUCGUGUAAGGGCGGCCGCGAACCGCGUGGAAAUUGAAAGGGAGCCGCAGACACGUAGGCGGGCUCCCGCCGAAAUAUAUUCUCGCGAGAGUUUAGGGUGGUAGUUUCCCGAUGAGGCUGAUUUCGUUGCGGGAGGGAACGGUUGCGAGGGUUGAUAGCUGCCUGGAGGGUAGCUUUUUUCGGCGAGGCCGGCCAUCGUGUCUGCCGGCAGAUAUGGCGUCGGAAGACACCACUCUCGAGAGGAUGCUGUGGCCCCUAUCUACGUCCAUUUGUGAACGGUAUAUAUCGAUCGACGACCGGCGGAAAAUGCCAGAAAGAUAUAUCCAGGGAAAUAUAAUAGCAUUUGUGUAUAUUUACUUUUAUAAUAUGUUUCAUAUAUUUUAUUUAUAUUUUAAAAAAAGAAGUCUUUUUUAAAUUUUGUAGUUUAUUUAUUGCAUUUCGAAGGUAUUAUUAUUAUUAUUAUUAUUAAUGUGGAUGGUUCUUCACGUUGAGAUUCAUCGCGUUUUGCAAAUGCAACUGGAUACGCGAAUGCAUAAGAGUCGCCAUAUGCGCGUUUUGGAUUAUAUUAUAAAUAUAGUGAAACCCUCCCUCUCAUCUCUCGAGAUCAGUGUGCAGAAUAUGUCGAGAAUAGCAAUAUUAAAGUUUCAGAUCUCCUUGACGUAGAAUCACGAAUAGCAUUUUUCUAAACCUCGCGUAAACCAUUUGACAGAUUUAUGAGCAACUACAACAGAUUGAAAUGUUCGAUUUAAACUCCUCAUUUAUAAUACAUGUCUCUCCAUAAAAAUGUUUAUCCCGAUCCAAGAUACAGAAUUCUAGAUUAAGACAAUCCAAUCCAUAGCUUAUAUCAUCGUUAUUACCAUAAUGAAAGCACAGUGACGUAUGAAGUCAUAAAAAAUAAACCGACGUAACUAUAGAGAGAUUUCAUAAGUGUCAAAGUAAUGCCCGAAGGAGGCAAGUAGCAUGGACGUUCACGUCGGUAUUUAUUGUUAUUAAUGUAAAUGUAUCGCUGAACUAACGGACCGAAGAGAGGCGGAUUCGUCCAUUCAAGCGAAUCGCGAAUAUUGGUGCUCGCAGUAACGAGAAAUUUCAUCGGCAUCAAACUCGUUAAAGGUCGCCGCACACACGAUCGAAGCACAUUCUUUCGAUUAUGCUGUAUAAAGAUGACUGUAAGAUAGCAUUUGUUACUCUCUUUAGACCAGUACUGUAAAUUAGAAAUAAUUAUCGCUGUAUAUACACGUACGUAAGACAUACAAAUUCCAGUUACGUUCGAACGUACCCAUCUUAUAGAUUAUGCAACAUUUUAUCCGUGUAUUCAAUGUUUUUCCUCACCGAAGUGACGACUCCGUUACUUACACCGUGAAGCAGCAGAACUUUAAUAAAAUCAAAUAAUCUGAGCCUACAUUUAUUCACCUAUCAUUUUGCGAAACACGUUGUAUGAAUUUUUUGUUUAAAAACGAGUUUUGGAACGGAUCUCAAUAUAUAGAGAUGCAUAUCAAAUAAACCAACAAGAACACCCCAAAAAAUUCAAAAAUUUUACAUAGUAUAUCACGCAUAUAUAUUAUUUAAAAGAAUAAUAUAGAAAGUAAUCUUACGAAUUAUAUAUUGUGUAUAAGGCAAUUGUAUUAUUUGCUGUUAUAUAGUUACAGCCUUUUUUUACAAGCGACAUAUCAUUAUAUUAUGUGAUGGAAUUUUUACAGCAAUAAUUUUUUAGUAAUCAAAUUAAAUUUGACAAUUCCAUCAUGCAUAAUAAAUUAGAUAACGGUAUAAUUUUAAAUUGCAAGAAUGCCAAUCGCUUGCGCGGUCUUUUUGUAUUUCGACAGGUGUGUAUGAGCGAUACAUUUAAUCGACGCAUUUCGAUCACCAAUUGCCAGUGAUGCACGUUUUUUAGUAAUUGAGUCGCGCCGCACGAUCGCGUUGAAUAAUUAGUCACUGAUUCGUAAGUGUGAAAAAAAACGGGCGUGAAAACAGUGAAUGUCUCGAUAUUUUCGAAUUUUAUCGUUCCAGAACUCGACAGGUUUUUUUCAGGGGACAGCAUUUCCAAUAUUUCUCUUGCAAUGUGAAUAUUUGCAAGCAUUCAAUUUUUUUUCGAUAACGCUUAACAAUCGUUUCAUCGACAAUGCUCACGCGCACCGUAAUAAAUGUAGGUGACGAAUUCUACGAUUAAACAGCAGCCAAUAGAUAAACAUGGACGAUAUACAUUGUGUUAAACAGUAACGUGUGAAGUAUGUAAAGUUACACCACCUAGAGGAAAGCGUCGCUCGUUUCUCGUUGUCGCUUACACGGUCACGUAAAGGUCACGUGUAAAUUUGUGUAACGUUUGUACGCAAAGAACACUUAACGAGGAAAUGGUGUGUGUACUGUAUAUUAGUAAAUUUAUAUUUUUGGAAGAAAAUGAAAAAAACAAAGCAGCGUGAAAUCUAAAAGUGGAAAAUCUUCGGUGUAUCUAGACGCGUCGCCGCUUUAAAAUCUCGCGAUGAUAAACUUUCAGUUCGAGAAACAAUUUUUAUUUAAAUCUGCCGAUGCCACUUCCUUGUUAUAUACAAAUUUCUUUUAAUGUAAAAAAAAUAUUUGAAAUAAUUUUUUCAGUAUUAAAUUACAUGUACAAUUUGAUACAAUCUUUUUGUUAAAUUUAUAAAAUAUUUUAUAAUUUUGUUGUUUGUACAAAUAUUGCCACCUUAUAUAAUUUCAAAAGAUAAGAUAGAGAAAGAAAGAGAUAAGAAAAGAUAAGAAGUGUCUAGUGUUCAGAGAAUCCACAGAACGAUGAAGAUUUGCAGUAGAUUGUAACAUUAUUUUGGCGUUCUUUUUAUACAUUUCGGCAUUCUUGUGUUAAUAUUUCCAGUUACAUAUAUUUGCUCUAGGCUUUGAUCGGAUUUCUCUUUCAGUAAGAGCAGAAAUAAAAUCUAUCAAAACUUGGAUGUGUCGUAUGCAUAUGUGCUAUUUCACGAUUUACAUUUUUUUUACUGGAAUGAAAUGAAAUGAUUAAAUUAAAAAAAUAAACUCUGGAAAUAUUUGUAACACUAUCAUCGACAUUUACCACCAUUAAUAAAAAGUACUUUGAGAUGAAUUCAGUAUGCAUCUCUACGAAUGGUCGCGUAUCAUACAAGUUUUUAUGAGGGAUUCUCUACAAACAGGAGCUGCACUUGCAACAGGCUGUGCAUUUCGCGAGAAGUAGAUUAAACUGACUCUCAUUUAUUAUGUUACCUUUAUGAAUUUCCAUAGAACUUUUGCGAACUGAACGUUACCGCAAUUUUAUGCAUGUAAAAUGCAUUCCAGCGAAAUUAUGCUUUAAUCGUUACACGUUUGCAACAAACAUUACACGGAAGUGGUUACGCGACUUUCUUAUUAUCUGUAAUAAUACUAUUCUAAUAACAACUACAGUGUAUGAGUAUUAACAAAUUUAUUAAUGAGAAUAAUAUAUUAUUACGACAGUAUAAUCUAUGUAAGUGUUGUGAAUAAUGAGAUAAUAUUGUUGCUGUGAUUAACUUUAAGAUUGUAAGUAGUAGGAAAUAGAAAACUGUUAGGUGUCACUAUCUCGAUUCAAUAAAUGUUAUUUCAUUUUAA